AUGAAUAUGAAGGCCGCCCCUCUGUUGGCAUUGAUCGCCGUCCCUGGAGUCCUGGCGGGCCAGUGGCCGAGUCUCCAGGUCGACCCAGACACCAUCUCCCCCUGCGUCAUGUGGGAGGACAACGCCAACGACCUGGUCUGCGAGGACGUCCGCGACUUCUGGAACAUCACCCCCGAGGAGUUCUCCCGCUGGAACCCCUCCGUUGGCCUCGACUGUAAGCCGUGGCGCAUACAGUCCUACUGCGUCGUGCCCCUCGCGCGCCUCCCCACCACCACCUCCUCAGAGGCGCCCGAGACCACCGCCACCACGCCCACCACUUCGGCCAGCACCCUCGGCCCCUCCCCGACCAGCUGGUCCGCCCUGGGCUGCUACACGGAUGAAAACCCCAAGUACGCGGCCCUCGAGGAGCGAGUGAGCGACGAGGGCGGCGAUGACAAUCUCACCGUCGCCACGUGUCAAGACGCGUGCUACAGGGCCGCCUUCAUCUUUGCGGGCGUCAAGGCCGGGAACGAGUGCUGGUGCGGCGACGCCGUUCUCGGUGACCUCGCGGGGAACGCCACCGACUGCGAUACCCCUUGUUCCGGGGACAACACAGAGACCUGCGGCGGCAGCAAGCGCCUCAACGUCUUUGAGCCCGCCGACUCCUUCUGGGACGAGGUCACAACCGAGACUGAGAGCGAGACAAAGACAAAGACAGAGACGCAGUCCGAGUCCGAGUCCGCGUCUGGCACAGCGGUCGCCAUCGACGACGCCGACUCGGACUCUAUCCGUGUGCCUACAGGCCGUCGUGCGCUCAGCAGCAGUUCCUUUGCGGCAGCGCAACAUGAACUAUCCACCCCAUUGUCGCUGCGGGAUGUCCCAGAAGAGCAGCUGGAGGACCGCAGCGAGAUAUGGUGGGACGGAAUUUCGGCCGAAGCCAGAAUCUAUCUCGAUGGAAACAAAAGAUGGGAAUGGGUCGUGUACCGGUGCGCCUACGGCCAGGAGCUCGAUGCGCGCUGGGAGGCUACCAAGCGGCGCAUAGUGGAAAACCUACGCAGGGAGAUUGACGAGUCUGACGAGUCUGACGCGCCCUCCAUUAUCGACAAGAUGGAUCUCAUCUUUGUGGAGGAGCCUGCCCUCGAGGGCGUCACGAAUGACGAGCUCAGGGCGCACUUUCAGACGUGGGCGGCCCCAAAAUGGGCAGCGUACCGUGAACUGAGCAUCUCCACACGACAGGAGGUUCACGGCCACCCCGAGGAGGAGGAAGACACGGACCCCGAGGAUUGGUCCAAGGUCCGGGACAGCGAGAUCUCGACUGAUCUCUACGAAAGCCUGUAUGGCACCGAGCACUAUUCCUUACUGUAUUAA